AUGUCUCAAACAUCAAAGAAAAUGUUCGGUUGCAUCAAAUAUUCAAAACGCCGAAUCCAGCCGAUGCAACUGUUCAAAGCAGAAAAACGUCGGACGAUAAGUGUGUAUGAGAAGACGGACGAAAAUGCUAAAUUAGUUAUUUGGCUGAAAACGGAGAACGAGGGAAAUGAUGUGAUGAGACAGCUGAAAAUGAAAGACUCAGUUUUAGAUGUUGGAGAAAAAAACGAGAAAACCUUGAGUUUUUAUCUCAACAGCGAAUCUAAAGAGGAAGAUGUCGAUUUGCAAAUGAUACGUCUCUUCAAUUAUCUAUCGGAUCUUUUCAAUAAUAAGACUAUAACUGUCUGGAUUCGACCAUUCCGAAUAGCAACUUCUCAUUUCCUAUUUUCGAAUCUCCAGUUCGAAAGUUGUCUAUUUUUUAAAAUUCUCGGUGAUGAGUCUGAAAUUUUAUCGAAUAAAGAUGCGUCACAACUAUUGGAUAUGUUGAAGCCAACGGUUGGAGUCACUUUGAAAUGCCGUGUCGAGAAAGGAUUCAACCAGAGAAAUAUUUUCAAUCUAAAACGUAUUAUUGUAACUAAUGCUGAAUGGGUCUCUUUCGAUGAUCUACUGAACAUGGAUUGUGAGAGAGCAUUCUUCAAAAAACAUUCGUUCACAGAAGAAGACAUCAAAAAAGACCAUUACAUCUACAGUAUUGAAGAAAUCGACUGUCAGAAUGGUUUGGAUUUUGAGAGAAAGAGUGAUGGAAUGAUUGGGACAGUCAUUCAUCAAUCUGACUGGAUUGAUUUCUUCGUGUGGCACGAUAUACAAUUCUGA